UUACACUUGGCACAAUGCAGUCAGACAAGCACCAUUCUUCUGACAACCGCCAAAACCCAGACAUGUUCAUCGGAUUGCCAGACAGAGAAGCGUGAUUCAUCAUUCCAGAGAACACAUCUCCACCGCUCUAGAGUCCAGUGGCGGCUGGCUGGCUUGCUGUUGUUCCCAGUUGCUUCCACUUUGUUAUAAUACCACUAACAGAUGACCAAAGAAUAUUUAGUAGCAAGGAAAUUACACGGAUGGGCUUAUUUCACAGGUGUUAACCUAUCACGGUACCACGCUUGAAUUCACUGAGCUCCUGAGAGUGACCCAUUCUUUCACAAAUGUUUGUAGAAGCAGUCUGUAUACCUAG